CAGAAUCUCGUGAGUUUUGGGUUCUUCUUUCUUCUAAAUAUAAUCCAAUCCACCUUGUGUAUAUAAUAAUAUUAAUAAGUAUAAAUAUGAGCACACUCUUCUCUUUUCACCGUCUCCAACACGAAAAAGAUACAAAAGGCAGUUCCUUUUUCUUCUGCAGAUUCCACUUACUAUUCACCAUGUUUGCUUAAUGAUUUCUUCUUCUUUUGCAGCUUUUUUUCUCUCUUUAUCUUUUCUUAUUUAAGCAAUUGGUUGGUUUCGUAGGUUUUAUUUUUAUUUUUAUCAGUGAGUGAAAAAUGAUGAGAGUUUUGAUGGUGAAUUUUGGGGUUUUCCUUCUGUUCUGUUUUGGGUUUUUGUCGAACUCAUUUGGACAAGAUAAUAAUGCUGGUGAUUCUGAUAUAAACUCUACUACGGCUGUUUACAUUGUUACUCUGAGACAAGCUCCUUCUCUUCAUCUUUUCCAGCAAGAAACAGAAGUGAAGAACAGGGUCAGAGAUAAAUCCAAACAUGGAGACACUUCCAAGUUUACUAGACCAAAACUCCAACCAAGGAACAUUUCAAAGUCACGUUAUUGGAGAUCAAGGAGAUCAGCAAUUGCUCAAGCUCAUGACUCUUUGUUGAGAAAUGCUUUGAAGGGAGAGAAGUAUAUAAAGCUUUAUAGCUUCCAUUAUCUCAUCAAUGGUUUUGCUGUCUUUGUUAGCUCACAACAGGCUGAGAAGCUGUCAAGGAGAGGGGAAGUAGCAAACAUAGUGUUGGAUUUUUCUGUUAGAACGGCAACAACUUAUACACCUCAGUUCAUGGGUCUACCAAAAGGUGCAUGGGUUAAAGAAGGUGGAUUUGAAACUGCUGGAGAAGGAAUUGUUAUCGGGUUUAUCGACACUGGCAUUGACCCAACUCACCCUAGUUUCAAUGGCACUGACACUUCCCAGCGUCAGUAUCCGAUCCCUAAUCAUUUCUCAGGUGUUUGUGAAGUUACACCGGAUUUUCCAUCGGGCUCCUGCAAUAGGAAGCUUGUUGGAGCCCGCCAUUUCGCGCAGUCAGCUAUUACUAGAGGGAUUUUCAAUUCAUCUGAGGACUAUGCUUCACCUUUUGACGGCGAUGGCCAUGGCACGCACACAGCUUCCAUCGCAGCGGGUAACCAUGGGGUCUCAGCAGUAGUUUCUGGCCAUAACUUUGGAAGUGCUAGUGGAAUCGCUCCUCGUGCACAUAUUUCUGUUUACAAGGCAUUAUAUAAGAGUUUUGGGGGAUUUGCUGCAGAUGUUGUUGCUGCUAUAGAUCAGGCAGCUCAAGAUGGAGUUGACAUAUUAAGUCUAUCCAUCACACCAAAUCGACGUCCUCCUGGUGUAGCCACAUUCUUUAACCCGUUAGAUAUGGCUAUGCUAUCCGCUGUUAAGGCCGGUAUAUUCGUUGUGCAAGCUGCAGGAAACACAGGUCCUUCUCCUAAGAGCAUGUCCUCCUUCAGCCCAUGGAUUUUCACAGUUGGUGCUGCUACUCACGAUCGAGUUUACUCUAAUUCGAUAAUUCUAGGCAACAAUGUAUCUAUUCCAGGCAUAGGACUUGCACUUCCUACAGAUGAAGGCAAGGUGUACACUAUGAUCUCUGCUCUUGAUGCAUUGAAAAACAAAAGUUUAGUACUCGACAAAGACAUGUAUGUAGGUGAAUGCCAAGACUAUGACAGCUUCGAUAAAGAUAUCAUCCGUGGGAAUCUUCUGAUAUGUAGCUACUCUAUCCGUUUCGUGCUCGGACUUUCCACUAUUAAACAAGCUUUAGCUGUUACCAAGAAUCUAUCUGCAAAGGGUGUUGUGUUCUACAUGGACCCUUAUGUCCUUGGUUUUCAGAUUAACCCUACACCAAUGGACAUGCCCGGCAUCAUAAUUCCAUCCUCAGAAGAUUCCAAGGUUUUACUCAAGUACUAUAACUCUUCUCUUGUAAGAGAUGGAACCACCAAAGAGAUUGUUAGAUUUGGGGCAGUUGCGGCCAUUGCAGGUGGACAAAAUGCUAACUUCAGUAACAGAGCUCCCAAGAUAAUGUACUACUCAGCAAGAGGACCUGAUCCAGAAGACAGCCUCUUUAACGACGCCGACAUUUUGAAACCAAAUCUUGUAGCUCCUGGAAAUUCCAUUUGGGGUGCUUGGAGUUCCGCUGCCACUGAAUCCACUGAGUUUGAAGGAGAGAGUUUCGCGAUGAUGUCUGGUACGAGUAUGGCUGCUCCUCAUGUAGCUGGUGUGGCUGCAUUGGUCAAGCAGAAAUUCAGAAAAUUUAGUCCUUCAUCUAUUGCAUCUGCACUGUCAACAACCUCUGUUCUUUUUGACAAUAAAGGUGAGGCGAUAAUGGCUCAACGUGCUUAUGCUAAUCCUGAUCAAACCCUAUCUCCUGCAACCCCAUUUGAUAUGGGGAAUGGCUUUGUGAAUGCAACCGCAGCUUUGGAUCCUGGCCUAAUCUUUGAUACUAGUUUUGAAGACUAUAUGUCAUUUCUUUGUGGAAUCAAUGGAUCAGCUCCAGUGGUUUUCAACUACACCGGCAAAAAUUGUUUGCUUAGCAAUGCAACAAUCAGCGGAGCUGACCUCAAUUUGCCAUCCAUCACUGUCUCGAGGCUUAACAACACUCGAACUAUCCAAAGACUAAUGACAAACAUUGCUGGAAAUGAGACCUAUACUGUCAGUUUGAUUCCUCCUUUUGAUGUUUUGGUGAAAGUAUCUCCUACUCAAUUCUCUAUAGCCAGUGGAGAGACAAAGCUACUUAGUGUAAUCCUCACAGCAAAGAAGAACAGCUCUAUUGCUAGUUUUGGGAGAGUCAAGCUUUUUGGAACCGCAGGACAUGUUGUUCAUAUUCCGAUGUCUGUCACAGUGAAAAUCGCCUCGAACCAAUGAAGCUGUUAUUAUUACACAGAGCUUGAUAGAUAAGAUAAAUUGUAUUCAUUUCAUUUUUCCAUGUAAAUGUCACAUAGCAUUUAUAAUACAUGGUACAUUUUAUUUGA